AUGUCGGACUGGGACGUGAUUGGGUUGGUUCAAAAUCAGCCAACAUAUGAAAAUGAGAUCGAGGAGGAAGAUAUAAUCUCCGACGAUUUCACAGAUUCUGUUUUAAGCGGAUCCCUGGGUCCGUCAAAUAAGAUUCAGGAUGACGCGAACCAUUCCCACCACGGAAGCCGUACAGGACCGAAGAAGAGGGGUCCAGGAGACUUUGGCAACGAAAUUGACCCACUAUUUGGAGGUCCUGCACCUGAUCCAUCGUUAUUAGCGGAUGGCUUCCAUUCAUACACACCUCAUGCUUUGAGAGAGCAGAUGAUGGUUGACGGUCAGGAUAAGGUUGAUGUUCCACCAAUGUCAGGCGGGCCCGAUAUCGUUGCAAAAGCUCCUAAGAAUCAACGAGCACGCCGUGCAUCAAUGAACAAAUCUCGAGACAAGCGUAACAUCGUUUCGAUUCCAAGCGAAGCAGGCUCUCACAGGUAUUUCGAUCAUAUUUCACACGAUCUACUUCAAGAAGACCACUUCGUACAAUCAAAAUACGACAAAUUCCGCUCCAUUGCACUCAGCGAGAGAAACACUGCCGGUCCAGGCCGUAGUUCUGAGAUGAAUUCUUUAUAUUAUUUCUGGUGCUACUAUCUUCGUGAUCACUUCAACGACGAGAUGUACAAAGAGUUCCUUACUCUUGCCAAAGCCGAUGUCGCACAUGGAUCACAUUAUGGCAUCGAAUGUUAUUUCCGACUUUGUUCAUACGGCCUUGAAAAGAACUGGAACGAGAAGAUAUUCAAAGAUCUAGAGCGCGAGGCCCUCGAAGAUUACGCAAAAGGAUCCACUUACGGUAUCGAGAAAAUGAAAGCAUUUCUCGAAUUUCAGAAACUCGGAAUUACUAUCCCAGUUUCUCAAGAAAUGAAUGACGUUCUUGAGAAAUAUCCGACAUUUGAGUCAUUCAAGUCGGGCUCAGACAAAAACCAGUCACACUCACAGUCAAAACAAAGAAACAGAAAACCGAGGAACUUCCCCCCUGGAGGUUCAUCGGCCCCGCACCCGAGAUUUGAGGUUCCUUCAUCUCCACAGCCACCGAUAGCCUUCGAAUCCCCUCUACAACAACCUGCUUCGCCGCCAAAGAGAAAGAGCUUCGGAGGAAAGAGAGGUGGACACGGAAGAAGAUACAACGAUAACGGUGACAAAGACUGGAAUGGCCCGCAGAGGGUUCAGCCAUCCUCGGCGCCACCGGAUCACGCUAUGCGCCAAAAAUGGUAA